UACAAUUAAUGGAACUUUUUACUUGGGUGAAAACCAUGGGUUCAACUAACUAUAUAGUUGGCAGGCACAAGUACCACAUAAAAGCCAGUUGGAAUGAUGGAUAGCCAUUUCAUUUGGAUGCUGCUGAUUUUGUAGGGCAAAGUUGCUGUCACCUGGAUAAAGGGUUUGUGGUUGGUGUCUGGUGAUCCAUUUUUUGCUCAUUUUAGGUGGUGGUGGCGCAUUAAUCCUUGAUAAUUUAGUGCCCCUAAUUUAUUUACCCCUUCCUAUACCAUAUCCACUAACCUAUUAAAAUUUACAUACACAACGGGACAAAAUACUGAUCCUAAAGUAAAAUAUAAGGCUGUUAUGUACCCAAAUAAUUGUUGUUUGGAUGUAUGGAAAUGCAAAGAAAAUAAUGGAGGUUAGAGGGAAAAGUGAUCAAAUUGGACGUUGAUCAGCGUCUAAGGAAACAGAGGGACGAGAGACAGCUUGCAUAUAGUCUCUCGAGUCCCUUCAUUACACGGUAUCAACCAUCGUUUCUACAUGAAUUGGGCUUUUUACUUGUUUUUAUCAACUUGCUUAAAACUUGGGCUGGAAACCAUAAGAGAUCAGCCCAUACACAAACCCAACAGACCAGGAGGCCUCGACGCCAAUGAAGCCUAUAACCAAACGAAGCCUACAUACAAUAAUAAUAAUAAGCCCGAUGGGUAUGAGACCAGAGUCACCAGACCAGUGCUCGAACAGGCAUGGCAUAAAGUCGCAAGUUCCUUUUGAGUUGUAACUUGGCCUUGAAAGAUCUUCGGAACCUCUGUAGAUAGGUACCUUGCCGACCUUGCAUGGAACAUUCUCAUGCAAAGGUAUAUCUGGUUUUUUCCAGGACCCAUUUUUUCUCACAAGCACUAGUUUUUUAUUUUUUAUUUUUUUGGGUUCUACUUAAUAUAAUGCUUCUUAUCGAGCUUUAAAGAUGUCCUCAAAUUCGUUUAUCAGCCACCUUCCCGUAGUUCUCGAAUUCCUUCAAGAUGACUUUUGGUCGUCUUCUGCGCCUUUUUGGCGACACCAGAUGUAUCCCCAAAGGCAGAGCAGUCCAUGGCAAGAUUAUCACAUCUGGGUUCCGCCCGGAUGUCUAUGCAAACAACCAUUUGAUCUCAUUGUACGCAAAGUCCAAUCGUAUGGAUGAUGCUCGCAAAGUGUUUGAUGCAAUGCCUGAAAGGAAUCUUAUUUCGUGGUCUGCUUUGAUAUCUGGGUAUUCCCAAACUGGUAUCGAAGAAGAAGCCUUAAAUUGUUUCAGAUUAAUGGUUAUUGAUGGUUUCAAUCCAAAUCCUUAUACAUAUGUUGGAGCCAUAUCUGCUUGUGCUAGUAUAGGUGACGCACGAGCUGGUAAGGAGAUUCAUGGAAGGAUUUAUAGACAUGAGCAAGAGUUGAAUGGCCGAGUCAGUAAUUGCUUGGUCAAUAUGUAUGGGAAAUGUGGUUUGUUGAACUCUGCACGGCUUGUGUUUGAUGCAACUUUGAAGCCGGAUUUAGUUUCUUGGACUUCGAUACUUGCCUGUUAUUGUCAAUGUGGGGAAAAUCUGGAGGGGUUAAAGAUUUUCAUGCAAUCACAGAAGGAAGGAGUGGAAGUUAGUGAAUUUUCUUGUGCAACUAUGUUGGGAGCUUGUGCUGCGCUUGAGAACCUGAAGGUUGGGAUGCAAUUGCAUUCCCUUGUCAUGAAGUGUGGGCUUGGAUUAGACAACUUCGUUAUGACAGCAUUGAUAAAUCUUUAUGCCAAGUGUGGAGAAUUACACUCUAGUCAUCGGGCAUUUUUGGAGGUGGACAAGCCACAGUUGCAGGCUUGGACUGCAUUAAUGGGAGGCUAUGCUCAACAAGGAAAAGAAAGAGACGCCAUUGAUCUUUUCCACAAGUUCCAUUCUUCGGGUUUGAAACCUGGUGAAAGGACAUUCUCGUCAGUACUUGGAGCAUUUGCAAACAUGGCAGACGUUGAAGUUGGAAAACAACUCCACUCUUUGAUCAUUAAAAUGGGAUUCAUUUCAUUCAUAUUUGUUGGCAACGCGGUUCUGGAUUUUUACUCAAAAUGUGGGCUUCUCAGGGAAUCAUCGAAGACUUUCGAGGAAAUGCGUGAACAUGAUGUUGUCUCCUGGAAUGCAUUGAUUUCUGGGCAUCUUAGAUCAGGUCAUCAUGGAGAAGCCGUUGAACUUCUAAAGGAUAUGUUGAUCGAACGAUUUGAACCUAAUCAUUACACAUAUUCUGGCAUUUUGAGCAUCUGUGGUGAUCUCCCAGCCAUCGAGUGGGGGAGACAAACACAUGGCUGCAUCAUGAAACCUGGGUUCAACACCAAUGUGGUUGUAGGGAGUGCUCUUAUAGACAUGUAUGCUAAGUGCGGAAGAGUAAGUGAAGCUCGGAAAGUUUUUGAUAACCUAAUUACAAAAAACUUAGUUUCUUGGAAUACCAUGCUUGUGGGAUAUGCACAACAUGGUUUUGGCAGAGAAGCUUUAGAGAUCUAUAGCAUGAUGCAGAGAAAUGGGAUUGAGCCUAAUGAUAUAACAUUUCUUGGAGUAUUAUCUGCCUGUGGGCAUGUGGGACUUGUAGAGGAGGGAUGGGGCUACUUUAAUUCCAUGAUCAGAGACCAUGGUAUUACCCCAAGGACAGAUCAUAUAGCUUCUUUGGUCAGCCUUUUUGCCCGUAAAGGACAGACAAAAAGAGCUUUUGAGUUCAUAAGGAGUUUUCCCAUGGAUCCUGAUAAGGUGGUCUGGCGGUGUCUCUUGUCUGGCUGUAAAAUUCACAAGAAUUUGUCUCUAGCAAGAUAUGCUGCAGAGAAGAUUUUGAGUAUUGAUCCAGAAGAUACUUCGGCUCAUAUCACCCUAUCAAAUAUAUAUGCUGAGGCCAAAAUGUGGAAUGAAGUAGCAAAAGUGAGAAAAAUAAUGAAGAUGAAGGAUUUAAAGAAAGACACAGGAUAUAGCUGGGCUGAAUUGAAGAACAAAAUAUAUUACUUUUCUGCAACUCAUUAUAGACAAUUCCAAGAAACCAAUCUCCAUCAGGUUUUGGAUGGGUUAACAGAGCAGUUGUUUGAUGCAGGAUACGUACCUGAUGCCAUGUUCUUAUUGCACCCCAGUGACUAAGCAAAGGAGAUUGGAUGGCAAAAGUAUUUGGUCAUACGGCAUGAAAUAUACUGAAGUCGUUUACAUGUGAGAAAAUAAGACGUGAAUCAAUGACGAUCUGAGAUAAUGGAUAAUGGCAUUAGAUGUUAUGUUUGAAAAUUCCAAAUUGGUGCUAACUUGUAAUAUACCUUUUAAGUAGAGAGUCUGAGGUCACGUUGUCACACUGAAAGAUGCGAGUGACCGGAGAUUAGAAAAAUGUUCAAGACUGAUGGUGUGGGAAGACCCCUAGGUGAGAGGUUAACAAACUGAAGGCAUUGUAGCCAUAGUUUCAGAGGGUAGUCCGCGACACACCUGAUUCUCAGGCCUGCUCCAGUUGACCAUUUCUAAUAAAGCCGAUGCCCAAAUUGAUAUGAGCUUACUUCUUUUUUUGACUUGAUCCUCUUCAAUAUUUUUCUUUGGAUCCCUUCUCUUCGGGCUCAAGACUAUUGGAAAAGGUUCUGUUAUAAUGGCUCCUUCUUCUGUUUGAGAAAAUAUACAUGAUUCAGAGGGUCCAGAGUCCGCUGUUCUCAAUCUCAAAGAAGCUUGAAACUGGAGUGGUUCAAAGUCAAAGAAGCUGCCAAGGUUGUUCUCAUCAAUUGGAUGGAAAUGUCCAUCCACUAUGCCGAUGCUGGCAGGUGGGAAGACAUGAGCACAAUAUUCACCAAUUAUGUUGAUAAACUAUAUCCAUCAUCAAAUUAAAGUUCGAAAGUAUUUUACAAAAUGAUGUUCUGUUAUGUUCACUAGUCUUGAUCCUACCAGAAUUGACACAAUUUAUGCUAUUUUGUGGAAUAGCCCAAUGCGCAUGCAUGCUAUUACAGAAAUUAUAAACCAAAGAUGAUCCUGUGAACUCGUUUAAACUAAAUUGAAUCUCAUAUCUUUUCACAAUCCCUCUCCAACCUGCCAAAAAUAUCAAAUUGUAUGACACCAUUACUAUGUUGCCUAUGUGAAUGCUGCAUGACUUGGAAGUUGGAAGCAAUCAAGCUGAUCCUACUCCACCGUGAGGCAGCUGUUUUCAUUGUGCUCUGUGAGAAUUGAAGAAAGAAACCGUGCCUUGCAUAGUCUCCAGACACCUGCAAACAUUACCACCCUUUUCUUAGAACGAGAGAGGAAUUUCAAUCUUACAGAAUAAAUGUAUGAACACGAGGUGAUGCUUACGAAAGCUCUUCAGCAACCACGGCCGAGUCCUGCGUCGGGUGCGAUAGCUUGUAUAAGAGAAAAGAUCAAAGCUAAGAGUUUUGAGUCAAUGUUACAAACGCUGCACUCAUUUUAGAGCUCGGGAGGAUACGAUUGAUGGGUAUUUCUUAUCCUGGUUAGCAAAUUAUCUCUCCCGUGAAAAGAUCUUUCCUGGUGUAAAAGGAAAACCGGGAAAGCGAGGACUCGGACUACCCUAUACCCAAACAACUCCUAUUGCAGCCCGAAUCGAUCCAACAUCCCAAAACCAAACCCUAACCCUAGUUGUAUAGCUUUAUAAAACGCUCCUUAAACCCUGAGGACCUUCCGGCUGUGUUGCGCGCAUUUCCAUUCUCUCAGAUUCACUAGCCCUCAUAG